UGAGUUUUCAUUUCCUUAUUUUUCUUUUUUAUGUUAUGUUUUGUUUUGUGAUAAGGACUUAACGGUUUUUUUUUGACUUACGUUUAAUUGAUAAAUUUGGAAUAAAGUAAUAACGUGUCAAUUUCGCAAUUUUUAAACGAUAAUUUAGUUAUUUUAGAAAGUAAAAUUUGCAUGAUGUGUUUACGAUGACUACGCCUGGAAAAUUAAAUAGGUCUUAUUCUGAAUCGGAAUUGUAUAGAUUGAAUUUAGAAAAUUUAUGUAUCCAAGACUGUGGUCCUACAAAUCUUGGUGGAAAUGCGCCACUAAUGAAAAAGACAAUUCUGAUUGUUGAGGAAGUAUAUCACAAUUCUGUAAUUUCUUCUAAAUUUGGACAAAGUGUACCUAAUCAGCUUCAUAAUAUUGAAAAAUUACACUCCAAUGACUUGACAUUGGGUAGCCCUAAUACUGCGAGUAAUGCAAUUAUAAGACUGAACCCACAAGCGCAACAGAAAUGUCAGAAGUUGAAUUAUAACUCUGACGAAAUUGUUCCUAUGGAUGUAGAUUCUAUCUGCAAUAUUUCAAAAACUGAAAAAUAUUUAGGUGUUGUAGAAAAAAUGGAUAUCGAUACCGAUUGCGACAACUAUAGAGUGCAGAGACUGAAUAGCUUAGAUGGGAUAAUAAAAAAAAGGAAAUUUAAUAUUGGAUCUGCAGAUUUAUCUGAGAAGGAAUGUUUAAAGAAUGAUACCCAUAUUAGUCCCAUUUUAUGUAAGAAAAAUGAAGUGAGAUGUAAUUAUUUUGUUUUAGUAGCAUUAUUCUCUUUAACUAUGUUAUGUUUUGGAUUGUGGUAUUUUCAAGGUGAUAUUAUAUAUGUUAAUAAUGAUAUUCAGUUAAAAAACUUACAAAAAGAUUUGUUAGAAAGAGUUUAUGAUCAGAAAGGUAUUGUCAGUAUUAUCAUCCGAAGUUUAGAACAUCGAAGUCAUUGGGCAAAUAAAAUUAAAGUAAUAGCUUUCAUUGGCCCAUCAGGGGUAGGAAAAACCUUUGUUGCUAAUAUUUUAAAAAGACAUUUCCAUUCAGGACUUAUUCAUGAAUUGUAUGGAAUUCAACUCGAUUUUAAAAGUCAGUGGGAAAGUAUAUUAAGUUGUUUAAAAAGUUGCUGCUUAAAUUUGAUCAUUAUUGAAGACUUAAAUAAAAAAGAUACUACUACACUUUUUGAACUGGUUCAUUCCUUGCCAAAAAAUCAGUACAUUUUGGUCAUAUCCAUUUUCAGUAUACAGUAUGCAGAUAAUAAACUCAAUUAUGUUAUUAAUUAUAAUGAUAUUAGUGAGAUACGAGAUGAUUUUGAUCAUUCUGAUUUGUUUCAUGAAUUGGCUGUCUUUAAUCAAUUUAAUAUACAUCAAGUAAAAGACUGGUUAGAAAAGCAAUUGAAAGUACAAAAUGUACCAUAUAGUGAAAAAUUACUAAGUAAUGUUUUAUAUAAUCAUAAUGCUUCAUAUGAGGGCCUUAAAGGACUUCAGUCGAAAUUGUUAUUGGAGCUAGAAACAAAGAACUGAUUUAAAUAUUAUUGUUUUAAAUUUAGACUUGUGAAUAAGAGUUUUUACUGUGUAUAUUUGAUGACUGUAGUAAUUUUUUGAUAUUUGAAAUAAAA